CGAGUGUCACGUAGCAGCUCUUAGAUGAGCUGAAUGUUGAUCUGAUAAGAAACUGAUUUCAUGACUCCUCAGUUCGUUCUUGAUGCAACACCGUUGGACGGGGCAAAUACGAGUUAAUCGCACCAGUGUUACGUACUAGCUAUAAUAAAAACUGCUGCACGUAAAAAGGGACACGCAAUUUGUUUGCUCCUUGAACGUGGCACAAGCGGCCUGCACUAGCAAUGUCGAAGGGAGUACCAAUUGCACAGAGGCCAGAUCUUAAGGAUGCGAGUCUUACAACGCGUCUUGACGCUGUCUUCGGGUCGUUAGGUCUUGCCGCCGGCUCCGGUGGAUGGUCAUUGCGACAGGACGUUCAGCCGUUCCGAGCAGGCGCUGGAGUAGAGGAAUACAACUACAGCAGUGACGAGGAGGACCCCAAUGAAGGUUUGCGCCCCGUGAUGCCAAGUCGCCUGGUUGACUCGGAUGACGAAAAUGCCGAUGGCAAUGGUCGCGACGACGUGCCCCCUCUGGAAAGAGCUGAUUCCGAAGCCGACGCUGAGGAAGGAGGCAUUGGCGGUGUACAUGCCGAGGAGAGGGCAGCUCGGGAGCGGGAGCGAUUGCGUGCAUCGCUGACAUCGCGCCGUGCCUUUGAGGCGGAAGCAGAAGAAGACGAGUUUGACCGCUUCGCUACCGGUACCAUGGACAUGCGAAACCGGCUUGUGGACGCUAAACCGCCGGGUUCGACAGAGGUCCCCUUGACGAGCGCCUGGGAGCGCAUGCAUGGCCGCUUGCAGCAGCAGCUGGAGGAUCAGGAGGAGGCAGUGGACAUGGAGGCGGAGCGGCCGGUGUCGCAGUCUGUACAUGUAGCCGAGGGUACGACAGACGCCGGCCAGGCAGCAGCUGCCGGCAUGGACGUCGACACGGCCCGCGCUGGCAAUACCGGUACUGCAACCACCUCACCAACCGACGCUACAAACCCCACCACAACCACCAUUACCACCACUAGCAGCACUGCUAGUCCCGCCUCGGCUUCCCGCAAGCGGCCGCGCGGCAGCAGCGCUGACACGGCUACUGCUGCAGCGCCGGGCGGCAGCAGUGCACCCCCAGCCACCACCAGCAGCAACCGCAGUGGCGGCGGUGGCGACGUGGCCACGGGGGACGCCGAGAUGCUGG